CAGCAUCGCCGUCAGAUAUAUAUGAUUACAUUUUGGUUUAUAUAAAUGUGUGUCUAUAGUAGCCCACAAAAUGGGUGAAAAUCUGGUAGUUAGUGUUAUUUGGCAUUUGCAAGAGGAAAAAAAAGAAAAAGAGAUCAUACCCGGAAGGCAACUGGCAGACUAACAGGAAAAUCCCGGCUUUGCCUAUAUAUGGGCUUCCGUCUCGCCUUAUUUGUCAAACUACGUCACGACAGGAGUCUAUAAAGGAUCAGCCUCAAGAAGGAAUCCUGUCGGAUCUCAUGUUUAAAACUCACCGUGCGCAACAAGUGUAAACACCGACCGGAACAAGUACUGUCAUCCCCUCAGUUACACAAAAUAGUCGCCGUAUCCAUUCACCGGGACUCAUUGGGAUCCUGGACCAGACCUAAACUCGUGUUGGCUUCUUCCGAGGGUCCGAGCCCCGAUAAGAAGCAAAAGCGGUUCCCCCACGCGGUCCCCGGGCAGCAGUGGAGUGCUGGUGUCUCGGACCACCAGCAGCGGUCAAACCCCAGAGAGAUGGCCGCGACCAAAGCGGAGCUCCUCCUCUCGGCCCUGCAGAUCUCCGAGCCGCUGGCCGUCUUCCCGACCGUCCUGUCCCCGCUGGAAGGCUACCCAAAGCUGGAGGAUCUGCAACUGCUUCUGCAGAACACCGCCGAGGGCGGAGGUCUGCUGAGCGGUGAAAUCGGGGACUACGGAGACCUUCUGUCAGAACUGGCCGAUCUGCAGAACCACCCCCCACUGACCCCUCGCGUCCCCUCUUUGGCAUACAGCGGCCGUUUCACCUUCGAGCCGUCAUCCACGACCGGCGGCGGGGGCAACAUGUGGCCAGAGCCUCUCCUUAGCAUCUUUAGCAGUUUGGUCAGCGUCGCGGCUCCUUCGGCUCCCUCCUCCUCUCCGUCCGUGACGCCGACGCCUGGCCAGCCGAGGUUCAGCUGCGUCUCCACCGAUGUCGGCUCCAUCUUCUCAGUGGCGCCGACGGUUACCACCGCCGCUAUGGACCCUCAGCCGGCCCCCUACCUGUCGCAGGGGCCGCCUCCAGCCUACCCCGCUCAGAGGCUUCCCGUGCUCCCAGACUACAUCCUGCCACAAUCGCAGGACGCCCAGCUCUCAAAGCGGGAGCGGAAGGCCGCCAUGUCGCAAGGUGGGAAUCCCCCACAGCCGCCACUCACGCCACUCUCCACCAUCAAGGCCUUUUCCUCCUCACAACUCCCCGACCAGCCCCUUGCCACCUGCAGGCGGAGGAUUGUGGGCAAAGCGUCCACUCAGGAGCGUCCCUAUAUGUGCCCGGCGAACGAUUGCGAGCGCCGCUUCUCCCGCUCGGAUGAGCUGACCCGCCACGUGCGCGUGCACACGGGCCAGAAACCCUUCCAGUGCCGUAUCUGCAUGCGCAGCUUCAGCCGCAGCGACCACCUGACCACUCACAUUCGCACCCACACAGGCGAGAAACCCUUCGCUUGUGCCGAGUGCGGACGUAAGUUCGCCCGGAGCGAUGAGCGCAAGCGCCACACCAAGAUCCACCAGAGGCACCGGGACCGGACGCCCGUCGCUGGGCCUCCCGUCAUCGCCUCGCCUCCCGCCAUCGCCGCACCUCCCUCCUCCUCCUCGGCUUGCUCCUCCUCCUACUCCUCACCUGCUUGCGGCUCCUCCUCGCCCGCACCAUCCAUGUUUGAGCCGAGCUCCUUCCCCAAGCACUACUCCUCCCCCAGUGGUUCUUCGCCCCUCCAAUCGGACCGACUGCCCAGCACGGCUUCGCUCCAUGACAUGUGCUCGUCGGGAAGUCGGCCCUCCCUCUGAUGGUUCCAUAUCUUCACUGAGCACAAACGUCGAGAGGGAAACCUCAGAGCUGAAAGCAGCAGCCAACGGGCCCUUGUGCAUUAGUUUGCAGACUUCAAAUGACCAUCAAAGUCUUCCUCUGCAGUUCGGUGGCCGUAUCUAGCCAAACUUGGCUUCUUGAGACUUUAUAAUGCGACUCCAGCAAAUUUCGUGACUUGGUCGAACUGCUAUCUGGGGCAAUUUCUUCCCCCCCAAGUCUUCCAGGGCUGCUGCUAAAUUUGGGACAGUUGCGUUUGGGACCUCUAAAAUGCAGACAUUUUCAUCAGAAUGCGCUUUCUGCUUUGUUGAAUCCCUCAAAAAUAUUUUGAAUGAGAAACACGAUUCCAUGAGAUAGAACAAUUGCAAACCUAUAACACUGACUAAAAGCCCCAUUAAAGGAAUGCCCCUGGUCUAACACACUUUGUCAAAUCAAGGUAAAUAUACUGUAUGUGUAUAAUAUAUAUACAGGAGGGGUGUAAAUCGCGGGUUUUGUCACGAUACGAUAUCAUAUCGAUACAAAGAAUCACGAUACGAUAUUUGCCGAUAUCUUAAAGCCUGCUGUGAUUCAUUCACGAUACAUCACGAUAUAGUGCUCUACGAUCGAUAUAGAACAAUAUCCUGAUUUAUAACAAUUCAUACGCAAAAUCAACAAGGUACUGCAAACUCUUUAUUUAGGAAAUUACAAGAGUAUUGUAGUAUACAAAGUGCUUAUUUUAACACUGAACUUUAUCAAAUUCCUAUAUUUUUUCUCAUAUAAGUAAGUAAAGAAAAACGAAUAUUCUUUCUUUUUUUGUAAUACCAUUAACUUUAAAGUGCAUUACUGAACUAUUUAAUUACAAAACAAAAGUAAGUAUAAUGAAUGUAGUAAACAUUACACCUUGACCAUAUGUUCUAAUCCAGGGGUGGGCAAACUACGGCCCGCGGGCCACAUCCGGCCCACGGGACCGUUUAAUCCGGCCCGCCAACCCUGAACAAAUUGUAUUAUUAAACUUUUUUUUUUUUUGGUCAUUUUGCCUGCAAUGACUGCGUUUUCCCAGUAGAUGGCGAAGCGCUCGCCUGCGCAUUUACUACCGGAAGCCGUGUCAGAAAGCUCGGUGCACACUCACAAGUGCGUGUACGUACUCCGUAGUACGGACUUGGCGCACUCUCGCUCUAUUCGUAUCAGUCCCGAAUUUAGAGCGUGGGUUUUGACGACAGCAUUCUCAUAAUUCGCGCGCUGAGCUUUCAGAUGCAGUUUUGCGCUAAAGCCACCCACAAACCUUCCCCUGGAAUCCUUCCAUUAAAAUGAGUGGCCCGAAAAAAAGAAGUGAGUGCCGAAUGUUAAAAAAGAGUGGACAAUUUGGCUCGACGUACGCGACGUGACGUUCAGCCACAUCAACAUCAACCCGUCACAGAUCAAGCAAGAAGACCGGACCACGGACCGGUAGUUGGGGACCACUACUCUACACAGUUCUACAAGAGAAGCGGGGAAGAAAGAUCCGUUCAAACGUCACUGAUGACUGUUGAUUGAAGCUGACAGGGAUACAAACCAAACAAAGCAAGACAGCGCUGCAGCCCGUCAAUGUCCACCCUGCAGCAGUACGGCCCGCUGUCGCUCCGCCUCACGUCAGCGAUGUCCAAGUCCAUUUGUCCUUCCAGGAUGUCUCCCGUCAGCCGGUAGCGCUCAUCCGCCUGCGGCGGGGUCACAAGCGCUUUGACGAUACCGCCGGGCUCCAUGUAAAAGUGCCUCAGGCCUUCACCUUGAAGAUGACACCGUUCUCGUCGGUCUGGAUUAGGGUGUUGCUGCACCAGAGGGUUCCGCAGCCCCGGCCCCAGCACACCCGACUCAGGCCGAAUCGCUUCACCGAGUACUGGCAGGACAGUGAGCCCACGCCGCCUUCGCUUACUUUGUAACAGCAAAUGGGAACAAUGGCACCUGCUAUGAGAUGCAAACGUGAAUUUAGGAGACAAUACGCUGCCGGAUUACUCUUCGGAUAUUGACUGAUGGAUGAAAACAUCCAGCCAUCCAUUUUCUAAAGCACUUGUCCCAAGCGCACUGACCACUGCUCUGCUGCUAUGCAUGCAAAAAAAAAAAGUUCCUACCCCAAUGAGUAAGGCAACGUCCCGAUGCCAUGGAGACAAAGAGUUUCUUCAAAUCUUAUCACUUCAUGCCUUUGUUGAUGUCGACAGCGAUGAAUCUCAUGAUUUUGACAUCUCACCUGAGAGAAGGAGGAACACGGUGACAAAGGUCUGAGGAGUUAGACCGUGGCGAGGCGACGUGAAGGUCAUCAUGAUGUUUGACUGUGUGCUCAUUGUCAGACCACUCUUACACUGACCCAAUGACAGAGGUCUGAGCGUGUGUGUGUGAGUGCGUGUGUGUAUGCGUGUGUGGGCGGUUGGGUGUUACAAUCAUAAAGACUUCAUUGAUUCGUGCUGAAUGUUAGCUGUGUGUUUUGCACUCGCAGAUUUAUGGUUAGAAAAUGGCAAUUAUAAUUUGCGCAUUUUCGGGUUCUGUUUGGGUGAUUACGUUUGUCUUAUUUAUCCAAAAAAUAUAGUGGGAUGGCAACAAGUGAUUGAAGGUUAAAAGUAUAUUUCCUCAUUGUAAUAAUUUUAUUUCCCUCCAACCAGAAUCAAACAGAUUUUGGUUGUACCUUACUGUCGAUAAAGGAAAACAAAAAGUGAAGGAACUGAUGGAAGGAAAUGAGGCAUACAAAAGGACUUUGUUUCGCUCUCUCUCACACAUACGCUGACACCCAAUGGUCAAUUGUGUGAGGGAUGUCACAAACUACUCCAUUAUUCGUGUCAAAUAUCCCCCUUUCACUUUUCUUUCUUGAAUAACGCAGAGGCAUUUUGAUGUGAUGAACUAAAUGACGACGACUACAGAUGAUUUUUUGGGGGAAUGCAAGAUUUUAGAAAGGUGGUCAUGUAACCUGGGAACAAAGUAGUUUGAAAGUUUUAGGUCUCGCUAACGGCCUCCAGUUUUGACGGCUCUAAUUGACUUCUUUUUUUUUCCAAAAGCUGUACCAUUUUAAACUGCUUUCCGUGCAGUGUCAUGCAUCUAUUGUAAAGCGUUUUGGAACUUUUAA